CACCAAAUACUGCGGCGCACACCACCACCAUCAUCAUUAUCACACCACAACACACAGCGAUCAGCCGCAAUCAUCAUUUAUGAAAGGAACGCCAUGGACGAAUCAAGCGCAAUGGUUGUUUAAAAAGAGGAUACAUUAACCACGACACCUUCAGCUCAUCCGAUGGUUUCACUCAACACUUCUCCAGCAUGUCUUUUCCGCAUACCUACAGCGCGAUUAUUUGUUUGUGCAUGAUCCAUCCCGAAACAGAACCGGUUUCACCUGAUCCUCCGCUAUGCACUGCGUUAGCUGAGCAAAGGUAAAUCCCGGUGUAGAGUCACGCACGACGAACGGUCGCUCACCAUCGACAAGGGACCCUCACACCGCUUUAUUUUGAACUUAAACCUUUUCGCUUUGUGGAGAGGUGCCUAAUAUUGUGCUACCCUGGCGUCCGUCACUGGUGGAAAGACAGGGUUGGGAUGGAGAACUGUUGUCGCAGCUGUAUGCCAUGUUUGAAGAGGUUAUGGGACUAUAUAUGGCCUGAGUUUUACUAUCCGAACGUCGUUCGUUCGGCCGAGAUCCGCACCGUUUCAGGUGAUAUCCGGAUCCCGUCGCCGAAGAAGAAGCCGUCGCAGCUCUACGCGGCUCUGUUCGACUUUGAAGCCCGAAGCGAGGAAGAGCUGACGGUGAAAGAAGGGGACAAACUGUCUGUCAUCGAGAAGAGGGGAAAUUAUGUGCUUGCCAAGAAACUGACCGGGUCUUUGGAGUCUGGUUUGGUCCCAGCUAAUUACGUGGCCCUAGUGCAAGAUGAAUUCGCGAACUAUAAAUGGUACUAUGGAAAUAUAAACAGACAAAAAGCUGAGAAUCUGCUUCUGGCUCCUCAAAAUAAAACUGGUUCCUUCCUGGUGAGGAUCAGUGAGAGUCACAGUGAUGAAUAUACUAUCUCAGCCAGGAGUGAAAAUAAUGUCUUCCAUUUUCGUAUUCAACGCUCAACGAUUGGUGCUUACUUUGUAUCCGAAAAGAUCUCAUUUGCAACUCUGGAUGAGCUUAUCAGAUACUACCAGCAGAACUCCAGAAGUCUGGGAUGCCCGUUAGAGCAGUCAUGUGUACAGCAAAGAGAGCUGUUUGACAUGGAACCGUGGGAGCGGCCGAGGGAGGAAUUUCAACUAAUUAAGAAGCUGGGAGAAGGCCACUUUGGAGAGGUUUGGGAGGCUGUCUGGACAACCAAGAAACAGAAAGUUGCCAUCAAGAUGCUCAAACAAGAGGACACUAAACUGGAUGAAUUUGUCAAGGAGGUGCAUGCACUGAAGAAUCUGCACCAUCCUAAACUGAUUCAGCUUCUGGCUCUCUGCACUCGUGGGGAACCGGUCUACAUUAUCACGGAGCUUAUGAUUAAAGGAAGCCUGAAAGCGUAUCUGUCUUCACCAGAGGGUCAGGUGUUGACUUCUGCUCACCUCAUCUACAUGGCUGGUCAGGUAGCAGAAGGAAUGGCCUACCUGGAGGAUCGGCAUAUUGUCCACCGAGAUCUAGCUGCUCGAAACAUCCUGGUUGGAGAUGACCUUGUGUGCAAAGUGGCUGACUUUGGUCUGGCUCGCAUCAUCAAGGAUAGUGUGUAUACAGCUAGUAGAAGCACUAAGAUUCCUGUGCGAUGGACGGCUCCAGAAGCUGCUCUCUACCAGCGUUUCUCAGUGAAAUCUGAUGUCUGGUCAUUUGGAGUGCUGCUCUUUGAGAUGAUGUCACGUGGAAAAAUGCCAUAUGAUGGGAAGAGUAAUAAGGAGGUUUUGGAGAUCCUGUCAUCGGGGUACAGGUUACCAUCUCCAAGCCGUUGCCCCCCAAACAUCUACCGCAUUAUGAUGGAAUGCUGGCAUGCUGAGGCUUCCAAACGGCCCUCAUUUCAUGCCCUUCACAGUCAACUGGACAAUAUCUACUCCAGAAUCUACUUCAAAACCAUUGAGGUGUAGAACGAAAGGUCGACUGAAAAAGAAGAUUGUGGCAUACUGGCACAGAAAGGAGAAUGCAGAAAAGAAUUGCAUGCAGAAAAGUGCUCUAGACAGAAAUGCACAAAUGUGUACUCCAAUGACAGGGAGACAGGCUCUCUUUUUGAUUGGGUAUGUUUAAUUAAUGAUGUAAAGUGCAAUAUAAAAUGCUUGUUCAAGAAAAAAGAUCACAGGAGAGGAGUUGAAAAGUGAAUGAGAAGUGAAUUUCCUUAUUCUGAUAGGGCCAGAUUAUCAAUAGCUUGCAAAAGCAACUCUUGAUCAUCAGCAAUAUCAAGCACUUUGUUAUGCUCUAGUCGUUCACACAGCACUUCCUCAUAGUUUAUGUUGUGCUAGAGUUGAUCUGGCCCAUUCAGAUAGGAACAGGAGAUUAUCUGAUAUUUUUGAAGGUGAGAGUUUAUGUUUACAAACGAUUCACCUGCCAAAAUAUGGAUAGGUGUCAAGGAAGUGAAAACUUUGGCCAUUAUACGUUAUCAUUAUUGAGUGAUUUUAGCCUAUGUAAAGGCAGGCUGCACAAGGAACUCUUUUCUACCAGGUGUAUGAUCUUGAAACUAACUGUGGCUGACACAGGAGCCAUAUGACAAAACUACCUGGUUAAGUUUCCUCAUAAAUGGUUUUCGUAGAAAUAACAUCCAUGUAAAAAAAAAUAUUGUCUUCCAAUAAGUUAUACGGAACCUAAGUUAUAAACAGGAGAGUGGACCCUUUGUUGUAUUCUGCAGACAACUCUUGUAAAUAAACUAUUUUUUCAGUAUUCAUGUUUCCUCACAUUCUUUAGAAUUUGUUUAGCAAAUAUCAAAUGUAACCUUAUCCAGGAUGUGAGUUUAAACAGAAUUUGCAAGCAUGAUUGUUUUAUUUUCUCUUGUACAGCAACCUGA